GAGACUGAAGGGGGCGGGACUGGCAUGGCGGCCAAGAUUCUGAAGUAUGCAGCCAUACCUGCUGCUGCUGUAGUGGGUUUGGGCUCAUUCAGAAUUUAUUCACUGAAUGAGAAAACAAAUGAAGAACUGAUAUCUCCAAGAGAGUUGUCAAUCUACUCUCCAGAUGGCCGUGCUGUGCUGUUUGUGGAGGAGCAGCCUGGUUUGGUUCAGACUGGUCUGGGGUCUGUAAGAGUUGGCCUGCAGCCUUAUGUCAGAGCUGUGCAGAGUGGCCUCACUUCAGUCAAAGUCGGAGUGAUAUCGCUUUAUCAGGCAGGGCAAGACACAUAUCACUUCCUUCGAGAUCCACCCCCUGGCUUUCUGCCUAGAGUGACCAUCAUUGGUGUGUCUGGAUUGGGUGGCCUGAUUCUGGCACGCAAAAGCUCUCGAUUGAAGAGAAUUGUUGUACCUCUUGGACUGGCUUCAGCUGGUACUGCAGUAUGUUACCCUACGCAAACUGUGGGAGCUCUGAAGAUCACAGGUAAAAAGGUGUAUACUGUCAGCUCAUCUGUUGCUUCAAUGCUUAAAUCCAAACCAAAGGAAGAUGUCGUCAAGUCUGCUGUAAAUGUGGAGUCAACUGCUGCAGUAAAAAGCCCAGAUACUGAAUCACCCACAAAAGCACUUUCUGAACUCCCACCUGAAUUUGAUGCGGCCCCUGCGACUCCAGAACAGGAUGUUACACCAGUACCAGACGUCGUCCCUUCAGUGGAAUUAUCACCAACAGCUGAUGUUCCAGAUCCUCCUCCUGUUGUUGAUGUAGCAUCCGGAACUUCUGCUCCACUCUCUGAACCUGAACCUACCCCAGCACCUGCUCUUGAAGCUGUCCCGGUUACAGAAGCUGCCCCUGUGCCUGUUGAAGAUACUGUCCCAGAUGCAGAAUCCACCCCUGAACCUUCUCCAGAGCCCAUAGCUGACAAAGUCAAAGAAAGCACCAUUGAGCCUCUUGAAGCUCCAGCUGCAGACACUGAUCCUGAGCCAACACCUUCCUCUGAGACGGAUGUCACUUCUGUUGUGGAAUCUGAUCCAAAAAUGGUCCCAGAACUUGAAGUCCCUGUACUUAAAGCGGUUGAGAUCACAACCACAGUGGAGGAAGCCACACCCCCUGCACCUGUCCUUCCUGAUGAUUUCACCCCAACCAUAUUAGAUGAGGGACCUGCUUUUGUUGAUCCACCCCCUGCCGAAGAAGCCAUUCCAUUGACUCCUCCCCCAGCUGAAGCCAACCAGCCAAUAGCUGAUAAGGCUCCGCCUUCUGAACCAGCCACAGUGAAGUCCCGCUUUGCUCCUGACCCUUCUCUGCUCGACCACGGCCAGUCUAACCCAGAGGACGCAGACAUGUACAGCACACGCAGCUGAAAACACUCAGAGCAAAAGAUGUGAUCAGAUCUUUUAAUGUGCCAUGAUUCCAGCAGCAGUUGAUCAGUUUGUGAUUUAAGAUAUUGAUGUUUCAGCAAUGAUGUUGAGGAAGGUAAUGUUAUGUUUCUUUCUGUGAUGCCUCACUCUUAUGGGAAAUUUCGUACCUCAGCAGGGACAUCAGAAGCACACAAAGUUACAUUGUUUUUCGUACCUAUGAACACUUUACAGGGAAAUCCAGGAUUACAGUAUUUUAAUUAAUAAAAAAAAGCCUGUGGUCCCUAA